AUGGCACGGAUAUCCUCAGAUGUAUCACUCUUAAUUCAAUCUACGCCUUCGUUAUCGUCAAUAUCGUUCCCAUUAUAUCGACGUCGUUUUUAUGUUCUGUUUGUCUUUGGUUUUCUUGCGUUCAAUCAAUACCUUUUCUGGUUAACAUUUUCUCCAAUCUCACAGAGUACUCAAGCUUAUUAUCAUAUAACAGAGAGUACUAUUAAUUUACUUCUCAACUGGGGAUCAAUUAUCUUCAUUCCAUGUUUACCAUUAACCUACGUUCUAUUGAACAAACCACAUGGACUUCGAAAAUGUGUCAUAAUACUUGCCAUCACAGAUUUGCUGGCGACAAUACUUCGCAUUGUGCCAUCAAUGAUUGUAUCGCCUUCAAAUGAUAAUUUUACUUCUGUCUCCCUUUUCUUCAUACAUGUUGGACAAAUAUUAAAUGCUGCAUGUGGACCUUUGGUUAUGGCACCUGUUUCGCAACUCUCAUGUAUUUGGUUUGGAACCAAUGAGAGAACUCGCGCCACAACGUUCGCAAUCGUUGCGCCUAGUUUCGGCUCAACCAUCGGUUUUCUAAUCAGUCCUUGGAUUGUGAACACACCUGAACGUGUUCCUCAACUUCUGUAUAUACACUUGAGUCUUGCUUUGGUUCCUUGUGUACUGAUAAUGAUAUAUUUUCCAGCACAACCACCAAGAGCUCCGUCACCUGCUGCUCAGUCGCUUAUUGACGGUUCGAUACACGAGUCUAAUAUUGAUUCAUUGAAAACAUACAUGAAAAAUCUUAGACAGUGUUUUACCACACCCUCAUUUCUACUUCUUUGUUCUGUGGGAGGUCUUUUAGGUGGCGCUUUUUCGGCAUGGACAAGUCUCUUUGCUAAUAUUCUAGCACUGGAGAAUUUCACGGAAAGACAAUCAGGUUGGUUUGGUUUCGGUGCAUCAUUAGCCGCUAUUACAGGUGGUUUGUGUGUGAGCACUCUGGCCGAUACGCGCUACUUUCGUCGUUCGUUCAAAUCUUUAAUUAUUACCAUGACUAUUGGUUUUUUCAUUGCUCUCGUAUGGUUCGAUUUGUUGAUUCGCACUGUUUUCUAUGAUGAACCAAUUUUAAAACCCACUGUUACUACGGUCAUUGUGUCAGUGACACUGGCUGGACUCUUUCAAGGUUCCGCCGCGCCACUAGUAUAUGAAGCUCUAGCUGAAAUCAUGUUUCCUUUACCUGAAUCACUAUCUGCAUCGGUUUUGGUUCAGUUUGCCAAUAUUGCAGUGCUUAUUCUACUUCUUAUUCCACCAAGCUUGUACCAAUGGAUGAAUUUACUGGUGCUUGCUGCCAUUGGUAGCUGUAUUCUUAUGAUGGGAUUUGUACAUAUCGAAUACAAGAGACGAAAUGAAGAUGAAAGGAAACAAUAA